GAAAGCUGUGUUUUUUAGAGCUUGAUGUGAAAAUAUUUAACAGCAAAGAUCCUUUGAACGGUCACUCCCAGGUGAUAUGGAGAUGGUGGAAGAUAUCUCCCAGAACUGUGGACAGAUACUCCAAACCCGGGGAGUUGAAGGAGUCUCACCAGGACUUCUUAGAUGACACUUUGCUCCAGAGUGAGAUCAGUAUGGUUUUUGGUCGUCGAAUCUUGCAGUACACCAAGGCGUUGUGCCAAGACCAUUACGACUAUCUGGAGCGCCUGUCUGACUCCAUACUGCUGCGGAUAAUAAAUGAUCUAGAACUGGAGGACGUGGGUCAGCUUGGACGAACGUCACACAGGUUCAGGGAGGUGAGUUCCAGAGACACAUAA